AUAGUACAUUUCGCUCAUCUCUAACCACUUGACACCACGUCGUGUUAUUGUUUUGAUUAUUGUCCAAAUUUUUGAAUAUAAUAUAAAGAACUAGGAGCAUCCUGCAUGUUCGCAGGGCCGCAGCAUGGUGUACAUCGACCGCAAUGGUCGCGUCUGGGAGAAGCGUCCUUGGGACUGGCAGCGGAUAGUGGAACUAUUUGUGGGAAUCUGGUUCAUCAUCACGCAAUUUUUCCAGACGUUGAUAGCCCCCCUCAGUGGCAGCACCAACAGCGAUAACCGACGUGGAGGUGGAAACGGUUGGGGUGGUAACGGCUGGGGUGGUGGCGGCGGAGGAGGAGGAGGAGGUGGUGGCGGCGGUGGUGGCGGAGGAGGAUUAAGGCCGAACCGACGAAUUGGCCGCAUUCAGAACUCCAUGUCAUGCAAUACCCCUGCUGGAGGAGGCGGGUGAGGAUAGUAGCGGCAUCCAGCUCCAAAUAACGGACGGAUGUCGCGCAUAUCCCAAGAUGAGUCAGAUCAAGCAGCACCUAACAUGACUCCGAUAGCAGGUUCAUAUCUCGCCCAAUGUGGCGCUUAUGACGCAGCAUUCUUCAACUCAAAAUUUGAGCGGAUUGCUUGCGGAUGCGAUUGAACAACUGAUAUCGGGGUCGCUGUGAAGUUUGGCCAUCAUACAUUGACCCAUAAACUAGAUCGAUUUUAGCCAUAAUAUGUUCAAUACUAAUCUGAUCCCAAGAACACUAUUUUUUCUGGUUCUGGCUUUAUUAUAUUUACUCAAGAAAUUCUCAAAUACAAACACAAAUAAAUGUUUCAAUUUUGCAA